UCCAUCAUUUCUUUCUCUUGUUUAUUGGCAGCCAUGGACUGCAAAGACAGGCCGGUGUUUCCAGUCAAGAAGCUAAUACAAGCUCGUCUGCCCUUCAAACGCUUGAAUCUGAUCCCAAAGGAGAAGCCGGAGGAUGGGGCUCCAGCUGCUGCUCCUCUGGGGGCCUCACUGGACAGUUCGGAGCACGAGUGUGCCCUGCCCGCUGAGCAAGACUUUGGGCCCAAACUUGUCAAUGGGAAGGGACCCUUAGACUCCUUCUUGUGUAGCAAGGCCCGCAGCAGCCUGGGCCCAGCCACUGUCGUCAUUGACCUCACCGAGGACUCCACGGACCAGGCUGACCUCGUGGCCCCUAAGAAACUGAGCAAUGACACCUUGUCCUCAGAGGAGGGGGUCAGUGGGGUCCAGGACCCCGGAGAACCCGACAAUGGGGAUCCGCAGCCGCUGCCCCCUGACAGUGAGGAGAGUGGGUCAACAUCCCCUGAAGAGUCCCUUUUGGAUAGUUCCUGCUCCACAGAGGAUGAAGCAGGGGCGGCAAGCCCGCAGAGGGGCUUUCGCCCUGCCUGCCAGGAUCUGAUUCCGGGGCUCAGCAUCUAUCCCCUUGAGGAGCAGGACUGCUGGCGUCGCACCGGGCUCAUCCUCUGCAAAGAUGGCAAGGUGCCAGUGGUGGUCCUGCGAGACCUCCGGGUCUCCAAGCUCCUACCUCUCGCCUGCUCACUGCUGCAUCCACCCUCUGAAAGUGAGGCCUCGCCUGAGUCGGGCCCUGAAGACGUGUCCUCCCUGAGCUCCUCACCCACUAGCUCCCCUGAGGUCCUGGCAACCUCCUGGAAGGGACACAGUGAUGCCCAGUGCCUGCAAGCCAGCAUGCCCAUCCCCAGAAAACCUAAGAAACUGGUCAGAGAUUCCGCAGAGAAGCUCAAGAGGAGAUUGCAAAGAGAAAAAGACCGACUGGGCAAGCAGCUGCGGCUGCAGGCGGAGAAACAGGCCAAGGAGCGGCUGCGGGAGGAGGCAAAGCAGGCCAAGGAGGCGGCGCGGCGGAAGCGGGAGGAAGAGAAGGAGAUGAAGGAGAAGGAGCGGCGGGAGCGGCGGGCGCAGGGUGAACGGGAGCGGGCCGAGAAGCAGCGGCAGCGCGAGGAGCGGCGCAAGGAGAAGCAGGAGGCUCUAGAGGCAAAGCAAGAGGAGAAGAGGAAGAAGGAGGAGGAGAGACGGUUGCGGGAGGAGGAGAAGCGCAUUAAAGCCGAGAAGGCAGAGAUCACGCGAUUCUUUCAGAAACCAAAGACCCCCUCGGCCCCCCCCAAGACCCUGGCCGGCUUCUGCGGCAAGUUCGCGCCGUUCGAGAUCAAAGAGCACAUGGUCCUGGCUCCUCUGUGCCGUGUGGCCUUCGACCAGGACCUCAGCGACAGGCUCGACGGGCUCCUGCAGCAGCAGUGCAGCGACACCACCUUCCUUGAUGAGCUCCAGGGCCGCCGGCCCCUCAGCUCGGGCCCCACCAUGAGCCCCAGCCGGAGCACUGACCUCGACCUCUCCAACAGUGACGUGGUGAUUGUGGAGAGCGGCAAGGUUGAUGGGGUGCCUGAGCGGCGCAGGUUUGGCCGCAUGAAGCUGCUGCAGUUCUCUGAGAACCACCGGCCUGCCUACUGGGGCACCUGGAACAAGACCACAGCUGUCAUCCGGCCCCGCCAGCCCUGGGCCCAGGACACAAAGCUUCUGGACUACGAGGUAGAUAGCGAUGAGGAGUGGGAAGAGGAGGAGCCAGGCGAGUCCCUGUCCCACAGCGAAGGGGACGAGGAUGAUGAAGUGGGAGAUGAUGAAGAUGAGGAUGAUGGCUUCUUCGUGCCCCAUGGGUACCUGUCUGAGGACGAAGGAGUGACUGAGGAGUGUGCCGACCCUGAGAACCACAGGGUCCGGCAGAAGCUGAAGGCGCAAGAGUGGGACGAGUUCCUGGCCAAAGACAAGCGCUUCCGGGUGUUGCAGCCCACCAAGGUCGGCUGCUUGUGGGAGGCUGACAGGGCCAGUGGCGCCUCAGAGCAAGACUUCAAAGUGCUGCAGCAAUUCCGCAUAUGCCUAUUGGAGACGGCGCCCCCGGAGGAUGAGCAGACGCCCAAGAACUCGAAGCGACACCAGAGGGACAGGCAAAUCUUGGGCCAGCUGCUGCCACUGCUGCACGGGAACGUGAAUGGGAGCAAAGUCAUCAUCCGAGAGUUCCAGGAGUGCUGCCGCCGGGGCCUGCUGGACAGGGACACGGGCAGCCCCGAGAGCAGUUCCGCCAGCCCCACCAGCCCCGGCUCCUCCCGCCCGCAGACCCCCACGGCCACCCCCGACGACUCAGCCGUCCCGUCCAAGGCCCGGCUCAAACGGCUCAUCUCAGAGAACUCGGUAUACGAGAAGCGGCCCGACUUCCGCAUGUGCUGGUAUGUGCAUCCGCAUGUGCUCCGCAGCUUCGACCAGGAACAGCUGCCCGUGCCCUGCCAGUGGAGCUACGUCACCACCGUGCCCUCGGCCACCAGGGAUGAAGGCAGUGUGCCCGUGACGGGUGCCAGCCAGGGCACACUGGUGUCACUGAAGCGCAAGUCAGCAGGCAGCAUGUGUAUCACGCAAUUCAUGAAGAAGCGCCGGCACGAGGGCCAGGUCGGAGCUGGGGACCUCGACGGAUUCCAGGCGGACACGGAGGAAGAGGAGGACGAUGACGGUGACUGUGUCAUCAUGGACAUCUCGGAAGCGGGGGCAGAUGCCCAGCACCUGUGUGGACCAGUCCCCGCAGCAGGCAGGCCAGGGGGUGGGGGCAGCAGUGAGGCAGCUGGCAGUCUGCUGGGGUCCUGCUGAGCGCAGCUCUGGCCUGAGGGAGGCUCAGCCCCCCCAAGAGCCUUUGCGAUACUUGAACCUCUGACCCUCGAAAGGAAACAGCACUUUGUCCCGCUUCGCAGACCUUCUUGAGGUCUGGCCAGUUUGCCCAGGAGACUGACCGUCCACAUCUGUACAGAGCCCGCCCCACCCGGCUGCCUGCCCCUGCCCCGAGGGAAGCAUUACUGUGCCCAGUGGGCCUGGGUGCCCUGCCCUGCCCCACCCCGGCAGGCACUGUGGCCAGAGGCUGUAA